UCCCUCCUUCCUCCCUCCUCUCCCCAGCGAGAUCCGCCUCGGUCCUUUCCGCCGACGCUUCGGGUCCUCUCGGCUCAGUCCCUCGGGGGAACAGGGAACUCAGGGAAAAAGAGUUUGCCGCCGCUUCUUCCGGGACUCCAGAGGCGGGCAGGCAGCUAGGGGCGAGGCGGGCAGCAGUCGCACGCCGCUGUCGGGGCUGCCGCGCGCUCACCUGGGGCUGCAAGAUCUGUGCCAGCGCCGCUCCUACUCUCGCGCGCGUGGGGGAGUGGUGCAGUCGCCCCCGCCCGGGGGUCGUCCCCUCUAGAUCUCCCCGGACCUGGUUGGCGCUCUGUACCACAGCCGCGGGAAGGAGGGGAGUGCCGCUGCUGGGACUGGGAGGAGGAGGAAAAGGAGGAGGUGCGGUGCCGAGGACUGGGGGUGGGCUCUGGGGGGAGAGGGGCUUACCCGUCCCCUCUGGGAAUAUGGCGACUGGUGGCUACCGGACCUGCAGCGGCGGCGGCGGCGGCAGCGGCACCACCACUACCACCACCACUACCACCACCACCACAGACUUCCUGGAGGAAUGGAAGGCGAAGAGGGAGAAGAUGAGAGCCAAGCAAAAUCCCCCGGGCCCGGCCGCUAUCCCUGCGGGCAUUGGGGGAGGAGGAGGAGUGGGUAGUGAGGGGGUCGCCAAGCUCCUAGCUGGGACGCUGGGGGCUCCCACCGCCUCGGUUGGUACACUGGCCAACGAGCUCAACAACAACCACCCCCCCAGCGCGCCGGCACCUGCUGCCCCCGCCCCCGGGGGCAUCAUUUGCACCCUCUCCUCUACUUGUGGCGCUGGCGCAGUCCUGAUCCGAACCCCCUCAGGCCCCCGGAGAGCCGAGGAGGAUCCCCCCUGUGGCUCGGUCGCUGGGGCAGCUCCAGCGGCGCCCCCUUCAUCUCACUGCCCCCCCUCAGGGAGCCGAGCCGGCGCGGAUCCCGGGGGACAGCCGGCCUUGGGCGAUGGGGAGGACCGGGACAGUGCCAAGGAGAAAGGGAAGAGCUCGGGCCCCAGUGCCAGGAAAGGCAAGGGCCAGAUCGAAAAGAGGAAGCUGCGGGAGAAGAGGCGAUCCACGGGAGUCGUGAAUAUUCCUGCAGCCGAGUGUCUAGAUGAAUAUGAAGAUGAUGAAGCCGGCCAAAAAGAGAGGAAAAGAGAAGAUGCUAUUACACAACAGAAUACAAUGCAGAAUGAAGCUGCAACCUUAGACCCUGGUGGUUCAUACCUAUUACAGGAACCAUCCAGGACUGUUUCAAGUAGAUAUAAAAGCACAAGUAUAACCCCCGAAGAUGAUGUCUCAAGUCGAUACUCUCGUAUAGACCGUGGAGGGUUUAGGUACAACAGGGAUGCAAAUUCUUCGGGGAAUUUAGUUCCAAAUAUCACAUUGGAAAAGAAAAUUGAAGAUCUUGAAAAGGAGGUUCUAAAAGAGAGGCAAGAAAACUUAAGACUCACGAGACUGAUUCAGGAUAAAGAGGAAACAAUUGGAAAACUCAAAGAAGAAAUCGAUUUGUUAAAUAGGGACCUAGAUGACAUAGAAGAUGAAAAUGAACAGCUAAAACAAGAAAACAAAACCCUUUUGAAAGUGGUCGGGCAGCUGACAAGGUAGAAGACCCCAGCCUCCAUGAGGAAAAAGAUUUGUAAGACUACUGAUUGAAUGUCAAGGUCAAUGCGAGGGCAAUAUUCCCCAUGCUGCAGUACAUUAAAAUAACUAAAUGUGUAUUUAUUUCUUGGAAAUGGAUGGAUGUUUAUUUUCAUAAUAUUUUUCUUUUUCAACGUCAAUAAAAGUAAGGUAUCCACCUCAUUUCAUGAAUAAGCAACAUUUUUCAGUUAUUGAAACAGUUGAUAAGGGGGUAUAAACUUCUCUAGUUUUAUAUAUUCAGAUAAUAUAUGUGGUCCAAAAUUGCUCAGACUUUAUCUUUACCUCUGCUGGUGUGGCUCCCUCCCUCCCCCUGAAAAAGAAAGGAAAGAGAGACAGAGACAGAGAGAGAGAGAAGAAGAAAUAGAAAAAAUAGAAACAAAAAGCUUUGUUUACAUGGAUCCAGAUAUAUUGUGGGAGCUAUUUGCUGUUCGAACAGCUAUAAUGUGCAGAUGCCUUAUUUGAGAUGUGGAACCUUUUUCUGACAAAAAUCUUAAUGCAGUAUGACGUUGCUCAUGGGGGAUGCUAAGAGAUUAGAAUAAUAGCCUAGCUCUGUUCUGUAUCGCAGUCAUUAAGAAAUUACAGUAAAUCUCACGUAGUAGAGUUCAGCUAGAUAUAAUUUCUUUUUAGAAGAGUACUUGAAUUUUGCUCUAUAGUAAGUACAAAUUUUCCAUCUUGGGUCUGUAUAUUGAGAAUUUAAAGAAAGCGCUUUAACGUCUGCAAACAUACACAUGUGUAAUUUUUUGUAAAUGUUCUUAUGAAGUUUGUAGGUACUAUUUUUUAUUGUUUGGAGAAGGUUUAUUAGAGCAUGUUUGUAAAGAGGAAGAUAAAAGAACGUGUUUGUAAAAAGAUGAAGAAGGAAAUUUGUUGUCAAAGCCUAGACACAAUUUCAGUUUGUAAUAAAAUGCAUAUUCUUAACAUCUUUAUGCCUUAAAAUAAAAAUGAAAAUGUUUAUCUGGACUUAAACAAUUAUGGUAUUACAUGAACGUAACUGUCACUAAGACGAAUGUAAUUUUCUUUGUAUUGUCUGUUACUUAUAAUUGAGAUAAAAUCCUCUGUGGCUUUUUUGUCAUUAUCUUAAGUCAAAAUUCUUCAUCCAGAGUUGAAGCAAUUGUAUUCAUUAUUUUGGAAUUUUAGAAACAAAUAAGGAUUGCUUUUCUUUGGUAUACUGUUGACUUGAGUUGAAUUGUAGUAGAAUGUUCUUUUUCUCCACGUGUAUGUUUUGAAGACUUUGGGGAGGGCUGUAUUCUUACACGCUUGGGAAAUAAUAGUCUGUUAACAUUUGAAUCUGGAUGAAGCUUCAACAUCAAUAUGGAAAUUCACCCCCCCAAUUUUCUCAACAUUUCUACCUUCUAUAGAGUGGGUGUCGACGGAGAGAGCCACUUUGGCUACCUCAUUCAUCCUCGUCCCCACUUUGUCUCCCUCAGUCCCUAUUCUCUGUACUGAGGAUAGAAAAAAGCAUGGCUUUGAGGGAGUCAAUAGCGGCUCACUGGUGUGGCUUAUUUUCUUCUUGUCUAACUUUAGUUUCCCCCUUGAUCUUCUUUUUAGUCAACGUCCCUAGAAAGUCCACAUGCAAAGACAAAAGUGAAAUAAUUCCCGCCUUCCAAAAGUUUCUACUCUGUUGGCUAGUAGAGUAAUGCUGGAUGAUUCCUAGGUGAUGGGUUAAAUGUUUUAGACCAUUGACUAGCCAUAGAAUUUUCCAUUUCUGAUCUUAGGCUGCCUGAAUUCCUCCUCUGCCUUGAGGGACGAGAGAUGGCAAGAAAAUACCAAUGCAAAACUACUCGCCCAUAUUUCAUGCAUCCUCCAUGACAGAAAUGCAGUGUGAAAUUAGCAGCAGCUCACGCUUUGGUUUUUGUUUUUUAAGUUACAACUAAUAAAUUGACCUAAAGAAAUACAAUUUAACCAGGUUCCAGCAGCACAGAUGAUUCUUCCAAAUUUUCUACAUAAUUCUCAUGUUGGGUAUGCAGUUUUGCACUGCCCUGAUCACUAGGGCUUUAAAUGUCAAGCAUUCAACCAAAUUUGAUGUAUGAAAUGCUUCCAAUAAUGACAGUGACUUGUCUACCAACAUGUCACACUGCCUGCCCUUCCAACUAGAGGAGACAACAUCCAUCUGUUUUCAUAAACUGAGCCAAAACUUCAUUUUUCUCCCCCUUUUUUCCUCCACAUAUGUUCUGCUGAUGAAGAAUAAUCACAGUAAUAAUAGUAAAUAAAAAAUUGAACCAGCAUAUUUUAUUCAGUCAAGAGUGAAUGUCUCUGUGGAGGAAGGAGAGAGGCUCAAGACAUUGAACAGUCCAUUUGGCAUAAAACUUUUCAAUUUUAUGAGCCAAGAUUUUUCUCUGGAAAGAUUUUGUUUUUUAAAGUUUUCUUUAACUUGUUUGUAAAUUUUAGGUAUACACUUCUCUCAGAUAAACACACCAAUUACCUAGGAAAAAGGCAUUUACACAAAUAACUGCUGCUCAAGAACAUUGAUUCAUUCCUCUGAGGGUACUGUGGUCAAAUGGGGAUUUAAAGUAGGCACUUCACAAAUACUUUUCAGGACUGCUUCGAUAGAAAGCUCAGUCAUCUUUUAAAUUAUCUUCAACCUUCCAUGUUUUUGUUUUGUUUUUUAACUCUUUCGGUCUUAGUAACAACUCUUAAGUCAAGAAGGGCAAGGGGCUAGGCAAGUGGAGGUUAAGUGACUUGUCCAGGGUCACACAGCUAGGAACUAUCUCAAGCCAGAUCUUCCAGACUCCAGACUUUGUGCUCUCCCCACUGUGCCACCUACCUGCCCCCACCUCCAUUUUCUUUUGAAAGGUGUCAUUGCAUCAGCUUAUGUUAUAGGGACUGGACCAAUUGUCUCCUUUUCUAUGAAACCCCUCAAGGACUUCCCUUCCCAGAUGCAGUUCUGUAGUUCAGCAUCUUCACUCCAGUUUUUAAGCUGGGAGUGUUGCUGAGAACAAUGAGGGGUUGAAUGACUUGGACAGGGUUUGAGAGACACUUAAGACACUGAGGAGCAGCCAGUGUGUACUAGAGGCAGAACCGAACCUCAGUCUUCCUGACUGCAAGACCAGAUCUCCACUACACCGGGAUGCCUCGAUGCCUUAUCAAGAGAUGCUUGAUAAUUUUGUGGCUCUAAAAUUAUCUUUAUAAGGGAUGGUCUAUGGGGUUAUUGUUUUCUUUUAAAAGACCUAUUAAUUAGGAAAUGGUGACUUUUUUUGUUAGCUUUUUCUUUAAUCAAUCUAAAUCCAUCCAAGUUUACCUGAUACAAGAGCCAUUGCUGUCAAAGAGCCACACGUCAGAGUUUUCCCCAAAAUAGGGUUAGUUUGAGCUGAAGGACAACUCAAGCAAAAUAGCGAUCUUUUAGGGGAAGACUUAACUCAAUAGGACAAGACUUUGGUAUCCAGAUUAAGCUGUAUUUUCAUAUUAUAAAAUUGAGAUGAAGUGAUUUGGGUUUUCACUAAUGUUUCAUUUUAAACCAUGCAAUUAAAUACUAUGGCAAAAUCCAUAUGCACUGCUCUGAAAUAGAGCAAUCUUCGAAGACUUUGCGUGUAUAAUGGAUCUGGUCAGCUGGGCCAUUUUUCCAUUGGAAGAUAAGGUUGUUGGUGAUCAUGGCCUCUCGUGUCUGAUACUUGACAGUGCGUCUCUAGGCAAAGUCUAGGCUAUUUGUGAACUUGUUUGAUAGUGAGGCAGUUUCAUCAAGGGAUGAAAUGUACCUUCUUUGGAUCACAAUAGUGAUUAAUAUAUACAUAUAUAAAUCACUAGAGUGACAUUAUAAUAGUGAAAAUAAGAGAAGAACUAAAUUUGGAAAUGCCACGUGGUGAUUAUUAUAGUCAGCCAAAUGGAAAAGUAGUAUUUGUUAAUAGUAGAAUUCAGAUCAGAACAUAAAAUCCCAUCAGGCCAGGUUCCACAAUGCAAAAACCUUCAAUUAUAUAUAUAAAUCCUAGAACUAUGAUUUCAUUUGUAUAAGGUACUUCUGGUUAGGAAACUUCCUUGCCUAAUGGGAAUCUGCUGCUGCUUCUGCCUCUGCCUGGGGUAAGGAAGGGCUAAGUUCCUUGUUUGUAUUAUCUAGAGGUAGGAAUUGAACUCAGCACCCCAGGCUGCCUCUCUAUCCACUCUAUCAUGUUGCUUUUUGAUCUUCCAGUAAUGAUGAUUAAACUUUGUCUUCAAUGAACCUCAUAUUUUCUUUUUAAUAUAAAUCAUUUUUAAAAAUCACAUUAUAGACUUACUUGGGAUGUUUUGAAAAUAAAGUUGGAUCUGUUAAAAU